CUCUUUUUUUUUAACUUGGAGUCACCGGCGACAUUAGUAGCGACCCGUGACUAACGUCGGGAGAGCUCGCAUGUUUCAGUGCUUAAGUUGCCCUUACUUGCGUACUAACGAGUUUUACCGGUUAGUGAAAGCGAAAUCAGAAACCGCAGAACUUGCGCAAUUGCACAAGUUUAUCAGUGGAGCCUGUGAGCUAGCUCAAGGUGCUAGCUCAAGAAGUCAGCCAGCCAUUUGUCUCAGCAUGUCGCGGAGUGACUGAGUUAUAGCGGAGGCAGCUGCCGUGCUUUUUGUGCUCGACAUGUUUUUGCGAGGGGACUGCGGGUGCGACGCAGCGAGCGGCUGGAAGUCCGGGAAACCGCUCCACCACCAUGGAUAAAUAACCAAAACAGCUGCUCUGUUGAUGUGAGAGAGAAAAAGGUCAGGAGGACAACAUCAGCAACUAUGAGCAGGGCAGGACAAAAGGACAGGGUCUUGUCUACAAGCGAAGACCUUGUCUCGCACCUCCAGGAUGCAAAAACUGAUCCGCUGAUCCGGACCAGACCCCUCAGUGAUAUAUAUCCAUCCCAGAGCCAUCCUGAGAGAAGUUCAGUCCCAUAUCUGCUGUCUGGAUAUGGUGCCCAGGUGCAGCCAAUGAGUGCCGGUCCUCACUCUGAUGAGAGCAAACUUAAUGUCAUCAACUCCACUGCUUGGUCCAGCUCUGUUUCAUGUCAGCCUGAAGGAAAGCCUUACUCCUCAAGAAUUAUGAGGCUUUUCUCUAACUCAAGGAAGGGCCCAGUCCCUGCUCAAAGUGUAAAUGCAGAUGAUCCAACCUUGGCCCACCUCAGCAACAGCGAGAGCGGCAGUAGUGCCCCCCAGUCGUGGUCAGGACUUUCAGGGUUAGGUGUUGUGGACUCCUUUAAAAAACUGCGGUCAUCUGUACUUCAGGGUAUUCAGAGCAGAAACCAUGAUGGAGACCAUGCUGCUUUACCCAAUCAGGAAAGGGCAAAUGGCACAGUUGUAAAUAAUUCUGAUCCAUGUCUAGUGGAUCCAACAAAUCAUUCAAAGAGCACUGAAGGAUAUACUGUUUCUAAUGGAAGUUUUACAGGCCAAACAUUGGCUUUGUUAAGCCAGUAUGGCUCAGAUAAUGAGGACUAUGAUGAUGAGGAUAAUUGUGGAGAUGGUCUCACACGCAAUUCACGAUUGUCCAGGAGUAUCAGGAGAGCAUAUGGAGCAGGGCGCAUCACUUUAUUUGACACUGGGAAUGGGAGAAAAGUAGGAAGCAAUGCAAAUACCACACAGAAACCAGACAAGACAUCUAAGCUCAGUGUCCAAGCUGAGAAUAUGAGUGAAAACACAAAUGUGAAGGUUCUGAGCAGACUGAGCAAAAGUGCAGAGAAUCUGCAUAUAUUUAAGACACCUUUUAGACGUAAAGCCCCGUCUCCAGGCCCCCCUUCCCCACAGGAAGAUGAUCGGAGGACUAGCAUAUCAAAUGAGAUGCCAAACAUCGAAAGGACUUCCAGUGCCUCCUCAGCGGACCUCUGGGGCCAUGACAUUAGCCGCAGGAAGAGCCCCAUGAAGACUAAGGCACCAAUGCUGAAGUUGGUCGGUAGCAUGACUGACUUAACUGUCCGACGCAGGCGAAGUCCCUCUCCGAGUCCCACCUCUCCAUCUCCUAUGUCCCCCUCGAGCCGCCUCCAUGACGAUUACUCCCGCCGUUUGCCUUUCCAACAACAUACCAGUGAGCGACAGCGCCGGCCCCUGCCCGUCACAGCCCAGGCCACGUCCGUCCAGCACACUCCUCUGGUUCAUUCCCAGCCUGAAUACAACACCAGCCCACAACCCCACCAGGUUGUUAUCAGCCCCUCUUCCUUGGAGACAACAGAGCAGACUUCACCUGAUAUUGUUGCUCAAUAUGAGUCGCUGGCUGUAGCCACAACAAGUGAUUAUAAACAGAUGGUAGAAUGCAGUUCAUCCCUGUUCAGCCAAAGAGAGCCUUCACAACAGCAUGAACAGACUGAGGGCAUCCCACUACCAAAUGAGGUGACAUCGGACCAGCAGGGACAAGAAGCCCUUCUCCAAACAGAGGAUCCAUCAACUCCAUCAACCAGCAGCACACCUCCUAUCUCUCCCACAUCCCUCUCCGAGUCAGCUAUAUCACCUACAUCUCCCACAGAUGAAACCACGGAUUCCACAGAAACAUCAUCCGUCAAGCCCAGACGAAGAAGCGGGCGCCCGAGACCGCGGCCCAUUUCUGACUAUGGGCAGCUGAUUUCCAGGAAACAUUCCAUCCCUGAGGAAGUUGGAGAGCUUCUUUCUGAGGAAAGGACUGCAAAUGCACUGCUGCAUAAAGACGGAACUAGUAAUGAUGCAUACAUGAAUGGAGAGAGCCCUGAAAGCUGCAGCAUGAAUGGGGACAUUCAAGCCAUGAGGCAGCGGCCCAUCUCUGUGAUAGGACCUGUGGAUCUCUUCCCUCCUGAUGCUGACUUGAAGGAAGACAGCCUUCCUUCUCCUUUGUCGCGACCACCAAUCCCUUCCCACCAGGUGCCCCCCUACAGAGGAGUUUCUGCCAGGUUUCGUCCCUCUGCUCUCUCCCAGAGUACCCCUAUUGGACUGGAUCGUGUAGGCCGCCGCAAACUCCACAGAGUGCUCAGCGAUGGUGUGUCGGAGUGCUCUGCCACGCUCGACGACAGCGUGAGCGAGGAGGAGGAGGGUAGCUUCGAUGAGCUCACUGAUGUCACGCCCUACCUCCAGCCAGGGGUGGAGCUCUCUGUGCUCAACGAGUGGAUAAGCUCUGGCCACGCGGUUUAUGCUGAGGCUCUCUGGGACCAUGUGACCAUGGAGGAGCAAGAGCUGGCCUUCAAGGCUGGAGAUGUAAUCCGUGUCCUGGAUGCCUCACAUAAGGACUGGUGGUGGGGCAGGGGGGCUGACAGGGAGGCCUGGUUCCCCUCCUGCUUUGUGAGGGUGCGUGUGAACCAGGAGGACUCGAGCGCUGAAAGUGUGGAGAGUGUAGCGGACCAGGAAGAUCCAGCUCCCAGAGACACACACAGCACUCAGCACAGGCAGCAGAUGAGAACCAAUGUGGUUCAAGAAAUCAUGAAUACUGAACGCAUCUACAUCAAGCACCUAAAAGACAUUUGUGAGGGUUACAUCCGCCAGUGCCGGAAACACCCCGACAUGUUCACCGAGCUGCAGCUGAAAACCAUCUUCAGCAACAUAGAAGACAUCUACAAGUUUCAGAGGCAGUUCCUCCGAGAACUGGAGAAGAAGUACAACAAGGACCAGCCACAUCUCAGUGAAAUAGGAUCAUGCUUUCUCCUGCAGGGGGAGGGCUUCUCCGUACUCUACUCGGAGUACUGUAAUACUCAUCCUGCAGCCUGUGCUGAGCUGCAGCGGCUCAUGAAGUUGGGAAAAUAUAAGCAUUUCUUUGAGGCCUGUCGCCUCCUCCAGCAGAUGAUUGACAUCUCUAUUGCUGGUUUCUUACUCACACCUGUCCAGAAGAUCUGUAAAUACCCCCUGCAGCUAGGAGAACUUCUCAAGUACACUCCCAAAGACCACAGUGACCACAAUGGAGUGAGCGAAGCGUACGAGGCUAUGAAGAAUGUUGCCAGUCUGAUCAAUGAGAGGAAGAGACGGCUAGAGAGCAUCGACACCAUCGCUCACUGGCAGGUCGCCAUAUUGCACUGGGAGGGACCCGACGUGCUAGAGCGCAGCUCGGAGUUGAUCCAUUCUGGUGAGCUGACUCGUGUUGUGCGACAAGGCAAAAUGCAGCAACGCAGCUUCUUCCUAUUUGAUCAUCAGCUAGUCUUCUGUAAAAAAGACGUCCUGCGCAGAGACCUGCUUCACUACCGUGGACGGCUGGAUAUGGACCAGACAGAGGUGGUGGAUGUUCCUGACGGGCGGGACACGGACCUGGGACUAACCCUGAAGAACGCUCUGCGCUUGCGCCACGCCUCCACUCUGGAGUUUGUGUGUAUGCUUUGCUGCAGGAAGGCUGAGGACAAGCAGAGGUGGUUAGAAGUGUUUGCCAAAGAGAGGCACAGAGUCAAGGAGGACCAAGAGAUGGGAAUAAAUAUCAGCGAAGAGCAAAGAAGACGGGCGAUUAUUAAUGCCAGAAGAGCCAAACACGGGAAGAUCAAAAAUGUUGGUUACUCUGGUUCUGUCCCACCACACCCCCAAACCCUGCACCAAAACCUUCACCCACUUCACCAGCGUCACAUCACCAUCCCAACCAGCGUGCCUCAGCAGCAGGUCUUUUCACUGGCUGAACCCCCAAAACGAAAGCCUUAUCACCUGUUGUACAGCAUUACCCGCAACGCCUUUUUCAGGAAAUGAAGCUUUGUUUCCUCGUCCUUUUCUUUCUCUGCAUGUUCAGAGCCAAACCGUCCUGAAGUCUGAAAGAACACUGUUUUUCCUGUUGUCCUGUCUGUAAAUGUACUGUCAGGUUUUGUUUUCGUGCCUCGUGCGUGCUAUAAUGUUUGUGUUGCAUGUUGAAUCUCAGUGCCUACAAUUUGUAAAGGGCAUGACAAAAGUGUUAAAAUACUGACUGUCCAUUUUCUAGGUGUGUGUGAAAGAUGCUGCUCAUUCAGAAGACACCCAUCCCUUUUCUCUUAUUAAUUCCAGCUGAAAGAUUUUUGUACUUUAAUUAUGACAACGAUGUGUGUUCUGCUUUCACAUUGACAAACGUGGUUUUUGUUUAUUUUACAAAGGCUGGACCCUUUUUUUGUGAGUCUGUCAACUCUGAGCACAAAGCAGCCAGAGAAUAAAUUAACUGACCUUCCCUGUUAACGUUGUGAAUAAAACACUUGUAUAAA